AUAUACCCACCCCCAAACGUGCCUCCCCAGCGCCGCAGGGAGCCAACAGACACGCUGGAGUUUAACAAACAGCAAUACUCUUCGCGCUCCUGAAAAGCAGGUCUGGACGCUCUCCGUGGUGCUGAAACGCCUCGCAGCCGCCGCUGUCCGUGGUAUCUACGGCCCCCUCGCUCCAAUUUCCCCUGGGGCUCUCCCUCCGCGCCCCUGUUCCCCGCCUCCCUUUAACAUCUGGAUUAUUUUUUGCAAUAGCGCUUUCUGGUUUUGUAAGUGCCAAUCUGAAACAUUUUUGCCCCCAUAACUCGUGGACUACAAAGCACAAGGACCUGAAAAAUGUACAGCUUCAAUACUCUUCGACUCUACCUUUGGGAGACCAUUGUAUUCUUCAGCCUUGCUGCUUCUAAGGAGGCUGAAGCUGCUCGCUCCGCACCCAAGCCUAUGUCACCCUCGGAUUUCCUGGAUAAGCUAAUGGGGAGAACCUCCGGAUAUGAUGCCAGGAUCAGGCCCAAUUUUAAAGGCCCCCCAGUGAACGUGAGCUGCAACAUUUUCAUCAACAGCUUUGGUUCCAUUGCUGAGACAACCAUGGACUAUAGGGUCAACAUCUUCCUGCGGCAGCAAUGGAACGACCCCCGCCUGGCCUAUAAUGAAUACCCUGACGACUCUCUGGACCUGGACCCAUCCAUGCUGGACUCCAUCUGGAAACCUGACCUGUUCUUUGCCAACGAGAAGGGGGCCCACUUCCAUGAGAUCACCACAGACAACAAAUUGCUAAGGAUCUCCCGGAAUGGGAAUGUCCUCUACAGCAUCAGAAUCACCCUGACACUGGCCUGCCCCAUGGACUUGAAGAAUUUCCCCAUGGAUGUCCAGACAUGUAUCAUGCAACUGGAAAGCUUUGGAUAUACGAUGAAUGACCUCAUCUUUGAGUGGCAGGAACAGGGAGCCGUGCAGGUAGCAGAUGGACUAACUCUGCCCCAGUUUAUCUUGAAGGAAGAGAAGGACUUGAGAUACUGCACCAAGCACUACAACACAGGUAAAUUCACCUGCAUUGAGGCCCGGUUCCACCUGGAGCGGCAGAUGGGUUACUACCUGAUUCAGAUGUACAUUCCCAGCCUGCUCAUUGUCAUCCUCUCGUGGAUCUCCUUCUGGAUCAACAUGGAUGCUGCACCUGCUCGUGUGGGCCUAGGCAUCACCACUGUGCUCACCAUGACCACCCAGAGCUCCGGCUCUCGAGCAUCUCUGCCCAAGGUGUCCUAUGUGAAAGCCAUUGACAUUUGGAUGGCAGUUUGCCUGCUCUUUGUGUUCUCAGCCCUAUUAGAAUAUGCUGCCGUUAACUUUGUGUCUCGGCAACAUAAGGAGCUGCUCCGAUUCAGGAGGAAGCGGAGACAUCACAAGAGCCCCAUGUUGAAUCUAUUCCAGGAGGAUGAAGCUGGAGAAGGCCGCUUUAACUUCUCUGCCUAUGGGAUGGGCCCAGCCUGUCUACAGGCCAAGGACGGCAUCUCAGUCAAGGGCGCCAACAACAGUAACACCACCAACCCCCCUCCUGCACCAUCUAAGUCCCCAGAGGAGAUGCGAAAACUCUUCAUUCAGAGGGCCAAGAAGAUCGACAAAAUAUCCCGCAUUGGCUUCCCCAUGGCCUUCCUGAUUUUCAACAUGUUCUACUGGAUCAUCUACAAGAUUGUCCGUAGAGAGGACGUCCACAACCAGUGAAGGGUCUGAAAGGUUGGGGGAGGCUGGGAGAGGGGAACGUGGGAAUAGCACAGGAAUCUGAGAGACUAAGGAAGAGAAGGGGAAGAGAGGGAGGGGGCACACUUACACAACUCUCUCUGCAAUAUGUGCAAUAGCAAAAUGCAGUGAUGCAUGAAUUUUACAAUGUGGCACUAUUUAACCUCGG